UAAUAAUUUUUGAUGCUGAGCAGAAAAUCUUCUUAAAAUGAGUUAUUGGAGCCUGGAUAAGAGAAGUUGUCUUCAGUACUGCAGACAUUUUUUGGUGGACAAUGGUGUAUUUCAUGUUGAAAGAUGUAUGAGUGUAAUGCAGUCUGGGACUCAGAUGAUUAAACUGAAGAGUGGAACAAAAGGACUGGUACGCCUUUUUUACCUGGAUGAGCACAGGACCUGCAUCAGAUGGAGACCAUCCAGAAAAAGUGAAAAGGCUAAAAUUAUAAUUGACUCAAUUUAUAAAGUCACAGAAGGCCGACAAUCAGAAAUAUUCCAUCGCCAUGCAGAGGGGAACUUUGACCCAAGUUGCUGCUUUACCAUUUACCAUGGAAACCACAUGGAGUCACUAGAUCUGAUCACUUCUAAUCCAGAGGAGGCUCGGACCUGGAUCACAGGACUAAAAUAUUUGAUGGCUGGAAUAAGUGAUGAGGACUCUCUUGCUAAAAGACAAAGAACUCACGAUCAUUGGGUGAAGCAGACCUUUGAGGAAGCUGACAAGAAUGGAGAUGGUUUAUUGAAUAUUGAAGAGAUCCACCAGUUGAUGCAUAAACUAAAUGUCAAUCUGCCUCGCAGAAAAGUACGACAGAUGUUUCAGGAAGCUGACACAGAUGAGAACCAGGGGACCCUGACAUUUGAAGAGUUUUCUGUAUUUUACAAGAUGAUGUCGUUACGGCGUGAUCUCUACUUGUUGCUUUUGAGCUACAGUGACAAGAAGCAUCAUCUCACUGUUGAAGAAUUUGCCCAGUUUCUGAAGGUAGAACAAAAGAUGAAUAAUGUGACAACAGAUUAUUGCCUUGACAUCAUAAGGAAGUUUGAAGUUUCAGAAGAAAACAAGGAGCAAAAUGUUUUGGGGAUAGAAGGUUUCACCAAUUUCAUGCGCAGUCCUGCUUGUGACAUAUUUAACCCACUACAUUGUGAAGUUCACCAGGAUAUGGAUCAACCACUUUGUAAUUACUACAUUGCUUCAUCUCACAACACAUACCUAACAGGAGACCAACUUUUGUCCCAGUCCAAAGUGGAGAUGUAUGCCCGGGUGCUGCAGGAUGGCUGUCGAUGCAUUGAAGUGGACUGCUGGGAUGGUGCAGACGGAGAGCCAGUAGUACACCAUGGUUAUACGCUUACUUCCAAAAUUCUCUUCAAAGAUGUAGUGGAAACUAUCAAUAAACAUGCUUUUGUCAAAAAUGAGUUUCCCGUGAUAUUGUCAAUUGAGAAUCACUGCAGUAUUCAACAGCAAAAUAAAAUUGCUCAGUACCUCAAGGAAAUAUUUGGAGACAAACUGGAUUUGUCAUCUGUAAACAGUGGAGAUUCCAGACAGCUUCCCAGCCCUCAAAGUUUGAAAGGCAAAAUCCUAGUAAAGGGUAAGAAGCUACCAUAUCAUCUUGGAGCAGAUGCUGAAGAAGGGGAAGUCUCUGAUGAGGAUAGUGCUGAUGAAAUUGAAGAUGACUGCAAGUUAAAACUCUGUUAUAGUAAUGGCACAACUGAGCACCAGAUAGAAUCUUUUAUAAGGAAGAAACUUGAAUCGCUGAUAAAAGAAUCUCAAAUCAGGGAUAAAGAGGAUCCUGACAGCUUCACUGUGACAGCACUGUUAAAGGCAACACACGAGGGUUUAAAUGUAAACCUGAAACAGAACUCAGACAUAAAAGAAAGUGGAAAAAAAUCCCAUAGUCGGUCAUUAAUGGGCAACUUUGGUAAGCACAGGAAAGCUGUUAAGUCAAGGUCCAAGUCUCACAGCACAUCUGAUGAUGAAGAGAGCCAGCAAAGCUCUACUGGAAAGGAAGCUGGGCAGCUCCACAGACUGGGCCGUCGGAGAAAAACCAUGAAGCUGUGUCGUGCUCUGUCUGAUUUAGUGGUGUAUACAAACUCUGUGGCAGCUCAAGACAUAAUAGAUGAUGGGACUACAGGCAAUGUUUUAUCAUUCAGUGAAACAAGAGCCCAUCAGGUAGUACAGCAGAAGGCUGAACAGUUUAUGCUUUACAACCAAAAACAACUCACCAGAAUCUAUCCAUCGGCAUACCGGAUUGACUCCAGCAAUUUCAAUCCUUUGCCCUACUGGACUACUGGUUGCCAAUUGGUGGCAUUAAAUUACCAGUCUGAUGGACGUAUGAUGCAGUUAAAUCAAGCAAAAUUCAGGAUGAAUGGCAACUGUGGGUAUGUCCUAAAACCUCAGCAGAUAUGCAAAGGUACAUUCAACCCCUUUUCUGCUGACCCACUUCCUGCCAACCCUAAAAAGCAACUUAUUCUCAAAAUCAUCAGUGGUCAGCAGCUGCCUAAGCCUCCAGAUUCAAUGUUAGGAGACAGAGGAGAGAUAAUAGAUCCAUUUGUUGAGGUGGAGAUUAUUGGAUUACCUGUAGAUUGUUGUAAAGACCAGACCAGGGUGGUGGAUGAUAAUGGAUUUAACCCCGUUUGGGAAGAAACACUUACUUUUACUAUCCACAUGCCUGAAAUAGCUUUGGUUAGAUUUCUUGUUUGGGACCAUGAUCCUAUUGGUCGAGACUUUGUUGGACAAAGAACUGUGGCCUUCAGCAGUCUUGUGCCUGGCUAUCGUCAUGUGUAUUUAGAAGGACUGACAGAAGCAUCUAUAUUUGUUCAUAUAACAAUCAAUGAAAUCUAUGGAAAGUGGAGUCCUUUAAUCCUCAAUCCCAGUUAUACUAUAUUGCACUUUCUAGGAGCCACAAAGAGUAGGCAGCUGAUAGGAUUCAGAGGGCUGUUUCACAAGAAUCCCAAGCACCAUUCUGCUGAAAACAAUGGGCAUUGUGUACGGAAGCGAUCCAUUGGUGAUCGAAUUCUCCGACGCACAGCCAGCGCUCCAGCAAAAGGCAGAAAGAAAAGCAAAAUGGGCUUUCAGGAAACUACCGAAUUUAAGGACAGUGUGUCUGAGCCAUCAGAACUGAAAGACAAGGAAGGAGUUCUCAGACGUACAGCCAGGAGUUUGCAAGCACGUCCUUCAUCUGUGACAGCUGACAAAUAUCUCCUUGUGGGAUCAUCAUCACCAGAAAGUGAAAAACUUAAAGGUGCCAAAAGAAAAGAAAGUACCUCUGCAGAUAGUAGUGAUGAUACAAGUAAAAAAAAAAAUUCAAAAGAACCUGAGAAAGCUGAGUCUACUGUAAAUUCUGUAUCUCUGCUUAAAGAUGAGAUUCCCCAGAGAGAGUCCAAAACUGACAGUUCUACAUCAUCACCCAUACAUGAAAAACCAGGAUGUUUAGAUUUUGCAAGUGGGAUAGCUGAAACAAAUCAUCCUGCAGUAUAUCAGGAAAAUCAUCUUUCCAAUGAACCUGUUCAUACAAGGAAGGAUUUUGUUUUUGAACUUGCAACAGAAAUAAUACAAGACACACACUGCACAGGUCAAAAAAGAGAUGACAACACUGAAGUAUAUAAAGAGGAGAAGGAAACAUUGCCAAGACAUCCUCUUUCUCAAAAAGAGGAUAUUGAAAACAAUAAAUGCAGUGUUUUAAGGAGCAGAUCUCUAAUGACUUUUUCACUGACAGAUAUCUCUUCCACCAUCUGUUCUGACAUGCGUGAUUUGCACUCCAGUGCUGCCAUGCAAGAUAGUGACAUUUCUCGUCUUAUAGAUGAGGUUUCCCUAACAAAUGAGAGUGACGUUGGCAGUUCUGUCUCAGCACUGAUUGGACAGUUUGACAUCACAGAUGAACAAACUAAUCUGACUAUUGUUUCAAGUCUUCACGGCACAAGCAAUCAGACCUUCAGCGUAAUGUCAUCACAUCCACAUCUCUUUGCUGUUGAUUUGAACACAUCCUGUAAGCACAAUCUGAUAAAACCUGUCGAUUCACCAUUAUUCUCAACUCCAGAUACCACUGUGUUCUCAAGCCCUGAGACAACAGAGUAUUCUGUGUACACAAUUAUCCAUGAAGCAUCUCUUACACCAGUUUCUGAAUGUAAACCAGUAGAUGAACUGGUUUGCAAGAAGUUAGUUUGCAUAGAAAAAAGCCCUGCUGUGUCAUCUUGUACAUCUCCUCUCCAUUUGCUUGAAGCAGAUUCCAAAAGGAAGUGUGGUACAAACUGGGAAACACUUGAGGAUUGCAGUUCCUGUACCUCUAAUAGUUUUACCUUGGAAGAUACGUUAGCUAACCCCCCCGUGUGUGUAAAUUCGGCAGGCAGCAGUCUAAUAGAAGUUGAUGGGGAUUCCCAAGACCUCUUGAUAACUACUUAUGAGUACAAGAGAGAAGAUAUGAGCCAGCUUGCUUCUCCUUUGAAACUCAAGCACAAUCAUGAUCCAGUGUGCAACGGUGAGAGAAUCUCUAGGAAUAACUCAGUCAAGGAGGGCCUCUGCAGCAUUGACCCAGAUAGUUCAAAACAACCAUUUCCUUACCCAGAAUAUAAUAGUGUUGACUUUUUGCCUAAUAAUCAUUGUCAAACUCCAGAUAUACAAAAGGAUGUGGCGUGUACCUCCCGAAAAUCAUGUUUUAAUAAAAUGUACUCUGCUACCCCUCAGAAUGCUUUGCCUUUCCCUCCUCCUGCAGCUGUGAAACAGCCUAGUCCUUGCAAAUCCAAAAGCCUUGGAGACUUGACAUCAGAGGAUAUCUCCUGCAACUUUGAAAGCAAGUACAAAUACAUAAGUAGAAGCUUUAUUACAUCUGGCAUGAGGGACAAGAAAGUGGCUGCUAUGAAUAUGCAGCGACCACAUUCUACAGAUGCUCUUACAGAACAGCUACGAAAACUGGUAUCUUUUGACCAGGAAGACAGCUGUCAAGCAUUGUAUUCUAAACAGAAUGACGAUGAUGAUUGCCCCAAGGCAUUGGUCAGAAAACUGUCAUCCAGAAGUCAGAGUAGAGUACGUAAUAUCGCCAGUCGUGCAAAGGAAAGACAAGAAGCCAACAAACAAAAACUUUCUAAUGCAAGCAACAUAGCAGGGGUAGUUCUCAGAAACAAACCAUCAGCCUCACCCCAUGUUAUCAACAGGCAUUCCACUGGCUCUUACAUUGCAAGAUAUCUGAAUAACUUCAAUCAGGAGGAUGUGGAAGGUCGGGGCAUACCAGAGGGUGCAUGCACUUCUUUGCGGUACAGAUUUAAUGAUCAGUUUUAUACUGAUGAUUCUGUUUUGCAGAUGGAGGCAAGCAGUGAUGAGAAGCCAGAAAUUUAUUUCCUGCUGAGACUGUAAAUUGUAUAAAUGUACAU